UUUUUUAAAAUAGGAAAUAUUCAAGAGACGUUUUCGUCCACGAGUUUACUCUGCUGCUAAAUUGUAAAUAAUCUGGCAUCCAUUCUGACUGGUUGAUGUUGGAUGGAAUGUUGAGCUGUUUUAUUAAAAUAUUUCAGGUUUUUUAAGAGGUUCUUGGACGUUCCCCGGAUUCCAGACUGUUUCGAUUUUUAUAGAUCAGUACAUCGUUGUUAAUAAAAAGUGUAGAAAACAAGGGAAUGCCAGACAAUAUUUUGCUAACUUAUCUAGUAUCCGUUUUCCACACACCGCGAGCUACCACCACACGGUUCCUGGAUGGACCUGGGCGAGCACAGCUGGUCCACAGUCAAGCGUGAAGUGUCCAGUAACCCGGGCUCGCCGACCGAGCAGAGCUGCGUUCACGGCGAGCGCAGGGACGAGUUAAGGACAUCACCUCUUGACGCAGUGGGGAGUCGGCGCGCAGACACGCGGCCGCUGCCCUCCUACGCCGCCUUCGGACACCCGUUGAGUUCGGACGACGUGCCGCUGUUCGCGGACCUGGACCAGGCCGCUAAGCUCGGCGUGCACAAAACCGGGAUUGUGGUGGACCCCGGCGACAUGUACUCGACGCUAGCCGCCUACGAGUCGCCGUCGGCAGCUUACAUGCACUCCAGUCCCAACUCCCCGGUGUACGUGCCGACCUCGCGGGUUGGGCCAAUGAUCCCGAGUCUGCCUUACCUGCAGCCGAGCGCGGCGGCGUCUCAACCGAGCCACGCGGUCAGCAGCCACGCCGCCUGGUCACAACCCGCGCCCGAGAGCCCGUCGUCCUACAGCACCGGUAGCCCACACGCCACCUCUACCCGCUUUCACUACUCACCAAGCCCGCCCGUGAACAACGGCACGGCAAGGGACUCGAGCUACCCGACCUCGCUGAACGCCAGCGGCAGGGAUCAGUACCUGUCGCGGCCCCUGAGCGGCUCCUACACCGGGCCGUACGCGCCCUACGUGGGAGCACAGCUGCCCCAGUUACCCACCGCGUGGCCCGCGGGACCCUUCGAUAACUCCAUGCUGCAUUCAUUACAGAGCCGAGCAGCGCCGCUCUCCAUCAGACCCGGACCUGCAGACUUCCUCGAGGACGCGAUGGAGAGUCGGGAGUGCGUGAACUGCGGCUCCAUCUCCACCCCGCUGUGGAGGCGCGACGGCACCGGUCACUUUCUCUGCAACGCCUGCGGCCUGUACAGCAAAAUGAACGGCCUGAGCCGACCAUUAAUUAAGCCGCAGAAGCGCAUGUCGUCUUCCAGAAGAGUCGGCCUUUCCUGUGCAAACUGCCAGACCAGCACGACGACCCUGUGGCGCAGAAACGCAGAGGGAGAACCAGUGUGCAACGCAUGCGGACUCUACACCAAAUUACACGGGGUACCACGACCCCUGGCUAUGAAGAAGGAAGGAAUUCAGACGAGAAAAAGAAAACCGAAAAACUUGAACAAAACCAAGGGAUCGUCUGGAAGCAGCUCUGUUCCCGUGACUCCAACAUCAUCAUCAUCAUCUUCUGCCUCAGAAGAGAACUCGAAGAACAGUCCUCCUUCUGCACAUGUGGCCGUGACCUCGGUGAACUCCUCCGCCAUGGUGGGUCAUAUAGAAGCUCCAGGCACCACGGGCUCCAUAGUGAAGUACCCUGGUCAGGAGGGUCUGUACACUAACGUGGGAUUAAUGUCCACCGGGGACGUGGCGGCGUCUGUACGAGGUGACACGUGGUGUCCAAUGGCUCUGGCCUGACACUGACCUGUAGGGGAUUAAAACAGAUCCUCAUCGCUCUACUCCACCUCCACCUCCACCUCCACAUCAUCCCUGGCAUUCGUUUGUAAAAUGGCUGCUUUCUUCACGGGUCUGGAGUCGUCCUGAGAGAGAGAGAGAGAGAAAACAACAACAACAACAAAAACAAAUCAGCUUGUUCCGUGCUCGCGACUUUUCUUCAGCUUUGGAGAGCUUGUGCAAAAAAAACAACAAAAAAAAACAAACAA